GGGCCCUACAGAGAUGUCAAUCAGUUGCGCAAGCAUUGUGUUGCCCGGCCAAGCCAGUUAGCGAGUGUCUCUCUUGUUAGCUAUUUAUAAAACCGUGUCGACUGGGCAGGUUUUAAAAGUGUUCUCACAUUUGUUGGUGUAUAUUUGAAGACGUGUUAAACACACACCGACUUGUGGUUUUGUUGUCUGUUUGAAAUAAAUAAGGUGAGACUGUCAGAACAGCGUAGCUAGCUAACGUUAGCCAGGUAACGUUAAUGUGUUGCUGUAGUAUCCUCCGGGUUAGCUCGAUCGCUGAGCAGCGCUAACACACGGGAGCAGGAAUGAACCAUAAAAGUAAGAAGAGGAUUAAAGAGGCGAAACGGAGCGCAAGACCCGAACUGAAGGACUCAUUAGACUGGAUAAAACACGAUUAUCAUGAGGCUUUCGACCUGUCACACCGCACCGUAAAGGACAACGUGGAGCGCGUGGACACCCGCCACCUCAGUCCCGAAGAGUUCAUCCGGCGAUUUGAGCGCCCCUACAAGCCCGUGGUCUUGCUGAACGCGCAGGACAGCUGGCCCGCCCGGGAGAAGUGGACCCUGGAGCGCCUCAAACGCAAAUACCGCAACCAGAAGUUCAAGUGCGGGGAAGACAACGACGGCUACUCGGUGAAGAUGAAGAUGAAGUACUACAUGGAGUACCUGGAGAGCACGCGGGACGACAGCCCGCUCUACAUCUUUGACAGCAGCUACGGCGAGCACGCCAAACGGCGGAAGCUGCUGGACGACUACCAGGUGCCCGUCUUCUUCAGGGACGACCUGUUCCAGUUCGCAGGAGAGAAGCGCCGGCCGCCGUACAGGUGGUUUGUGAUGGGCCCGGCCCGCUCUGGCACCGGCAUCCACAUCGACCCGCUGGGCACCAGCGCCUGGAACGCCCUGGUCCAGGGACACAAGAGGUGGUGUCUGUUCCCCACCAACACCCCCCGCGAGCUCAUCAAGGUGGCCAGAGAGGAGGGGGGCAACCAGCAGGACGAAGCAAUCACAUGGUUCAACGUCAUUUAUCCCAGAACCCAGCAGCCCAACUGGCCGCCCGAGUUCACGCCGCUGGAGAUCCUGCAAAGACCCGGGGAAACCGUUUUUGUGCCUGGCGGGUGGUGGCACGUGGUCCUCAACCUGGACACCACAAUCGCCGUCACUCAGAACUUCGCCAGCACCACCAACUUCCCCAUUGUUUGGCACAAAACGGUCCGAGGGCGACCCAAACUCUCCAGGAAGUGGUACCGUAUCUUGAAGCAGGAGAGGCCCGACCUGGCGGCGCUGGCAGACAAAGUGGACCUUCAGGAGUCGACGGGCAUCGCGUCAGACAGCUCCAGUGACUCUUCGUCUUCAUCGUCCUCCAGCUCGUCUGACUCCGACUCUGAUGCAGCGGAGGGAGACGCCGUGUCCCACCGCAGGAAGAAGAGACGGACCUGCGGCGCGGCGGCCAACGGAGACACCAGCAGCCAGGACGACUGCGUCAGCAAGGAGAGGAGCUCGUCACGGUGACCUCCGGCCAUCUGCAGCUGGUCAUCACACAAACAGCUGCUUCCUGUCUAGGGCUGCAUCCACACUGUUAACGUUUUGGUUUCAAAUCAAAUAUCUUUUGCUAUUUUCACACUUUGGACGCCCUUUUGGUUUGAAAUCUCUGAGGUUGCGUUGCACUCUCAGCGGCCGCAAACAAAGACCUCCCUAACUGAUAAGACUGACCGCAUUGUUGUUCCCAAAGGUCUCCAUCUGUUCGUUUCCAUAGAGCUGUGGCGAUAUGGAAAAGAUCAGAUAUUACAAUAUCAUUGACAAAUACAUCGAUUGCCGAUUUUGCGGCGAUAUUGUUGGGUUGGCGGUUGGUGCUUUCACAAAAUAUUAACACAGUGAGAGUUUUGAUCAUCACCAAUAACAUGGAUACAAUGACACUUUAUCACAAUAUUAUAAUAUCCAAAAUCUAAGAGGAUAUCUAGCCCCAUAUAUCGACGUUGUUCUAUUGCCCAGCCCUACGUUUCCCCCUCUCAUUCCCCCAGCUCUGGUGUUUUCCAGCCCCUAAACCGGAGACAUUUGGAAUCUGCGGGGUUGUGUUACAGUCGGAGACCUUUGGAAACACAGAUUCUUGUCGGUCUUAUCAUCACAAAUGGUCUUGAGAUAUUUGGGUUUGGGCGUUAGUUUAAACGGAGAAUAUUUCUGCUACCGUAGCUAAAAAGUCUUGUGUGCACGGAGAUGAUUUUGUGGCUUAAAACAACCAAAGCGUAGCAGUGUAAAUGUAGUCUAGAGUAGGUAAAUGUCUGUAGAUGACGGGAGGAGGAUCCGCUGGAGACCUGUCACCGCUGUGCUUUCAAUCAAGAUCCCGUUUGUGUCCGUGGUGGGAGGUGUGAAGAGAGAUUCUAACCAGUGACCAGACUGGGAAAGGCUUCUGGGGAGGAAGAGUGAAACUGGCAACUGGGCUUUAAGUCUGUGCAGAAACAAAGACAUGGGGCACAUUUUGGUAACGAUUAAAAAAAACCGACGAUUUAUUGUGUAGCCCUAAUUCCAGAAUUGAAUUACUCAGUGAAUGAUUGAUUGAUUGAUAUCCAGAUCAGGUCAUGUUUAGGGGUUGAAGUGUUCCUUUUUAAAAAUGGUUUCAAACGAGUUAGUUUUGUGUCUUCUAGCUGCCUUGCUGAUUUAACUUCAAGCUGGAAAUUGAAAGUGUCACUUUGGUCAGCCAGCCUUAAAGAAAUGAAACGGUUACAAAGGGAAACACGCACGUACGUGUAGAAGUGUGAAUUCGGAGAUCUGCUGUAUGAAAUACAGGAGACGGUUUGAAGCUCCGCCUGCUUCUUGGUGCCAAAAUGCCGCGACUGAGAGAAACUGUCUGGAAGGGGCAGGAGAAGGCUGGCUAAAAAUGUUGAGUCAUAUUGAUUUUGUGCAGUAAAACAUGACAGUAGAGGGCACCACAGUCCCCAGAAUGCACCGCUCCAGUGGAUGAAGAGCCGCUGUGUUUCAGAGUUUAUUAGCAUUUCAUAAUCGGGCUGUGCAUCUUAUUAAAUAUCAAGUAACGCUUCAGCUACGCUGCACGCGUAACGUGUGCGGACCGUUGGCUGAGUUUUAGUGGUCUCCGCCUUUAGUGCCACACGGCGUAGGAUUGUGUGAGUCACGGAGAGAGAUGGAGCGUUUUUUGCUUUGCGAUUGUUGUUUCUUCCAUUUUUCGGAGCCGGCACAGAGCUGUGAAACCGUCGAUCUACUGUCAGCUGUUAUCAGAGGACGCAGGGGAGGAAAACAACAAGUCCACCUACCAACACACUCACUGGCAGUCAUUACGUUGUUCCCUGUCUAUCGGUAGUUUAAUUUGAAGACAUAUAGACACUUUAUGAUCCAUUUCUGUGUGAAAGCACCGCACACACCUCACAUUAAAAAUAUAUAGAAGACUGUCCUGUUUCUACGCUUGUAGAGCGGAUCACCACUACACUGCUCUCGUGUUCGAUGUCGCCAAUGUCAUUGGUUAUAGUGGAAGGCGUAACUUUGGGUUCAACAUUUUGGGGGGGGUGGGGGUAAGAUCGUCAACUUUUUGGGGAGGUCCUGGGACAUGUCUGCUUGUAUUGAGAAAAGCGUCAAAAACAUUUUUAAAAAGAUUGUCGGGGGGGAAAAAACUCGACAAAAAACUCAAGUGGCGACAAAAAAAAAGAUUACGCCUGUGAUGAUAGCGUCGGAGCGCCCGCUCCGCAGACGUUUACACGUGCACGUAGCAGUUAACCAAUCACUGAUUUACUGUAAAUGAGUCGGGACAUCAGCUGAUUAAUAUCUCGUUAUCGUUGAUUCAUGUGCAGAUUAGAGCUGAAAUAUGGCAACAAAAACAAAUCUGUCUGCUUCUCAAAUGUGACUCCUUUUUUGGUUGUCUUCCCGUUCUGUGAUAUUAAACUGAUAUUUGUUGUUUUUUUUGUUUUUUUUGGACUGUUGGUCGAACAAAACGUGACAUUUAAAGACGUCAUCUUAACUUCUGGGACCCAGUAAGACUGCAUCGUUGUUUCCUAAGUUAUUUUCUCGAUUAAUCGUUUCCUAUAUAUAUAUUCCCAUAAAACAGUGAAAAAUGGGUCUUCAAAUGUCUCGUUUGGUCCUGAAAAAAAUCCAAAUCUAAUCAGUUGACUGUGAUAGAAAAUUCUCUUUGCUUUUAAAAUGACUUUCACUAAUUAACAGUUUGUCAAAAAUUAAAAUAGCUGCUAAAUGAGCCACAAUUGUGUUGUUGUUGAAGCUUUGUGCAGCUUUUCUGAGGCCACGUUUACACCGUUAACGUUUCGGUUUAAAAAAGGAAUAUCUUCUGCUGCGCUUCCCCCUCUCAUUCCCCCAAAUGCCUCCGGUUUAGGGGCUCGGAAAUCCCGCAGCAGGGGGAAUGAGCGGGGGAAACGUGGCGACACAUAUUUCUUUUCAAAGCCAGAGGUGUGGGUGUGACCGUAUCCUAACCCUGAUGUCGCUGUGACUCUGUUGCUUUAGACUCAAAGUGCCUAUAAAGAAGUUUGUUAGUGUGACUGACUGCCGGGGGAGGUUUUUCUGUGUUUUUAUCUGUUCUUAAACUAAUUUAAAGGCGCUGUGUUGGUCUCUGAGGUCGGUCUCAUAGUGCCCCACCCCUCCCCCUCUUCCCCUCCCUGCAGGUAAAAUGUUGAAGUGAAUCUGAGAAACGACUCCCAAUUUCUUUCUGUUGUUCCAAUAAAAUCUAAUCUUUUCUAUGA